GGCGAUAAUGUGGGCGAUUGGUGGAUGAGUAGGCGGCGGACGUGGUUUUGUCGGCGGAGACCAGAAACAAACAAAAAGCUAUGCAAAAUAAAUCAUUAAGUGUGCGCCUAAUCGAUGUCGUGUCGAUAUAGAAGCCUCAUGUCUAUAUUCCCGGGACGACUCUCGAUUUCGAGAACUUUGUAUAAAAGUAUCACCCGCCAUCGCACCUGGAAUCAGUUUCUAAAUCCGGGCCGAGAUCGAAAGUUCAGCAUGCAGUGGCUUCUACCCGUAAUCCUUUGCCUUUGGGCCUUCAGUCCCGUUCAGAUCGAAUCACGCCAAAUCAGGAUCAAUCGCUAUGCGGUCAGUGUGCAGGAGGAUCAGGCGGUUGAGGUCAAGGCGGCGCCCUAUCCUGCAGCGGGCUAUAGGCCACAAGGUCGCUCCUUCUGGCUGCCAGGCGAAGUGGAAGUUGAGGUGCAAGAAGUGCCCGGUGACGUGCAAAUUGAGGUUCUGGAGGGAUCAGGUUUGGGUGCGGAUCAGCUAACCACCACAACCGAGCUGCCUCUGGAAGAUCUCUCGACCAGCACCACGGAGCCAACUGGGGACUGGAGCACCACCACCAACUGGGAGUCUCUGGACGCCACCACUAUUCCCCCGGCAGUGGAAGCCCGUUCUGGUCGUGCCUUCGAGAAGGCUCCCUACCCACCAGCUGGUUACCGACCAAGUCGCGCCUUCCGACUGCCCACCGAACAGAAGCCGGCGGAGCAACAGCAGAUCUCCGCCAGCAACUCCACUGACAGCAAUGCCGAUCACCCGGUCUGUGGCGUCAGCACGGAUCCCCUGAAACCCACACCGAAACCUGGAUCGAAGGAUGAGCCCGACGCGGAGAGUGUGGUCUUCACCGCCAAUGUGGGACCUGCUGUUCUGGUGGCCAGAGCUCCGUCCUCCAUUCCGGUGGCCAUUCUGCGAUCGCAGCCUCUGGUGCAGGCUCCGAGAUCCCGGGGAUUCGUCUACACCACGCAUGUGGAGCAGCGGUGGUAAUAGUUCCGAUGGCAGCUACAUUAUAAUCCUUGUUAACAGUUUAGUAUUUUAAGAUUUAAAUUUAAGAUAUUUGUGAGUGUGAACAAAUAAAUGUUUUUUAAUGUUAACUAAAGAAUGUUGCUCUUAGUUGGGAUGAACUAUUAAACGGAGCACAUUACGGAAUGACAGGCUUUAUAAACCACAAGUUUC